GACAGCGGCUCCCAGUCCUCAGUGUGCUCGGGAAUCCCAGCCAGAGAGGCGGCUGCAGAGGCAGAGCAGAGCCGGUGUCCGGUCGCUGUGUAGCCGGGGGCCGGACAUGAUGCUAUGGGCUUUGUGUUAGUUCUAAGCCUCCUGCAUAUCUUGUUACUGGGGGAGGCGAGGCGAUUGCUCCCGUUGCCUUGGGAAGGAUGAGCGAUGCCGGGGAUGGGGAUGGAUUCGGGGGAGAAGCCUCCAGCACUUCCAUGAUGUCUGGGGCUAGCAGCCCCUACCAGCCCACCACCGAGCCGGCGAUGGCUCCACACCGGCUGGACAUCAGGUGUGACACCGACUACCUGCGCUCCCGGUUCGGGAUCCUCAAGAUCGUGGAAGUGGUUUUGGCACUAAUAGCCUUCAUCUGCAUUGAGACGGUGAAGGAGUGUUUGCCAUGCGGGGGUCUUUAUUUCUUCGAGUUUGUUAGUUGCACAGCAUUCGUGGUUACUGGAGUUCUGUUGCUGAUGUUCAGCCUCAACCUUCACACUAAAGUACCGCAGAUCAACUGGAAUUUGACGGAUUUGCUCAACACUGUGAUCAGUGCUGUUCUCUUCUUCAUUGCCUCCAUUGUUCUGGCAGCCAUGAACCAAAAGAUGGGAGGAGAGAUCGCUGCUGUGGUGUUUGGCUUCCUGACUGCAGGUGUCUAUGUGGUCAACACGUAUUUGGCCUUCAAGGUGUGGAGACUGACCGCCCGGCGCCAGCCUGGGGGUCCGGCCAGCGAGUACACACGCGCUCGCUCAGAAUCUCGGGGGGAGGUGGAGAGCCGGCCCGAGAUCCAACGUCUGGAAGGAUGAAAAGGGGGGACCUGGCCCCCUUUCUCUGCAGCAGAGAGAGAGUCGAAUGUCUGCAACACUUGGCAGCUGAAGGAUCGAACAUCCAACAUUCACAGAACGGACAUUCCCAAAUUUUUUUUUUUUUUUUGACAGUGCGGAAUAUUUUCGGAUGGCAGGUUAACCGUGGAGAAAUGGAAUAUCGAGAUUUGGAGUUGUUAACAAGUGGGCGUGUAAUUCCAAAGCGAUUUUGUGAGGUUCUUACCUGUGUGACCUGGGCUGAACCCCUAAUGAGUGUGUGAAUGAUGUCCAGCAUCGGCCCGGCUUUGCCUAGUGCCCACUGUGGUCUUUGUCUGAGAUGCUCAGCCUUCAGCAGCUGGGGUAGUGAGUGACCUGUUGAUGAAUCCGACUGCUUUAUUUAUUGGCCAUGGAAGUGGGGAGGCGAGUAUGAUACUUGAUUUGCAAAGGUUUUUUUCUUAAGUGGGAGUGAAGGCCCCAGGAGAGGGGAUGCUGGAAGGGGGAUGAAGGUGAGGGUGGGAGCUGACAUGAGACGCCGCUUCAGUCUGACACGUGCAAGGGCACAACGUGUGUUGUAUGAACAGUGCACGAUGCAGAAAGGAGCUCUGAGUGAUAUCUGAACGAUGUGUCGUAGAGCGGGGAAUCUUGCUGGCUCAUAAGUUGCUGUGUGCAACCCCUCACACAACCCCCCCACCCCCCCACCCACCGCAACCCCAACACUAAAGCGAUGUCUUUCCACUAGAUCGCAGUUAGAACAACUGCCACGUGUCUUCUUCCACCGAUUCUGCAGGAGACAAAAUGUUCCAUCGGUCUCCCAUCUCAUUUCUCUUCAAAACGCUUUUAAAAAGAGAGAAAAAAAAAUCCCAAAGAUUGAUUUUGUUUUUGUUUUGGUUUUUGUUUUUUAUUCAUUGCUUGUGACCAAAAUAUCAGAAAGUGAAAAGCGAAAACACCGGGGACGCUGGAAAUCGGAAAGAAAAGCCGAACACGCUGGAGAAGCUCAGCGAGUCUGACGGUCUGCGCAGAGAGAGAGAGAGAGACAGACAGAGUGGACGUUUCGAGUCCCUAUGACCCUCCUUCAGAGCUGCAGCAUAAGCAGCGCAUUUCCACUACUUCCCUCCAGCUCUGGAGAAGGAUCGUUCAGACUCAAAACGUUAACUCUUGUCUCUCUCCCCCCGUGGAGGCCGCCUGACCUGCUGAGUUUUUUUUCUGGCAUUUUCCGUUUGGGUUGUGUGUGAGAAAGUGAACGCGGCUAAAGAAUAUUUUUUUGGUGACCAAAAAAGGUUUGUGGAUUGACUGGAAUGUCAGCGCGGAAAGGAGAGCCCUUUGACCCCAGCGAUUAGUAUCAAAUCCCAGGGACGUCCCCUUCCUGAUCGAUGGUUUGAUUUGUUAUCAAUAUUACCCUGGUUUGAGUCUCAGUCGAUGUCAGGCAAGAGCUCCUGGCGCUGAAUACGUUUUGUGUGUAUCUUGAUUUGAUUUCCUUUCUUGUCGAAGCAUUUAAGAAUUCUAAAUAUGUACAUGCUAAUACCUGCCUAUUUAUUACUAGAUUUGCUUGCAGCAGUUACUGAAUCAGAACUUUUUUUUAAAAACAAAACUUUGAUGUAUCAGCUGAAAUUUCCUUCGUUGACAGAGGAAACUCGUGGGGAACAAUGUGAGUCUGCUCUUUAAUACCUUUCUAUAGUCACUGGUUAGAUCAGCACCAGCGCACACACACACAGGCUGCUCCCACCUCGCUAACCUGUACAGCACAAUGUCUACGUUUUCUCGGCCCUGUAGGUUCCUACUAUUUGGUCUUAAGUAACAUAUGAAAGGUUUAGGAUUCCAGUUUCCAUUGAUCAGCAGCAAUCAUGACUGAGUGGGUAGCGCACUCACCUCCGAGUCCGAAGGUUAAGGAUUCAAACCCCACUCCAAAGACAUAAGCGCCAUAAUCUAUGCUGACACUCUCUGGUGCAGUACUGGGGGGAGUGCUGCGCUGACUGAGGUGCUGUCUUUUUGCUUGAGGUGUUGAACCGAGGCUCCAUCUGCCCCCUCGAAUACAAUCCCGUGAUGCUAUUUUGAAGCAGAGCAGGGGAGUUAUUCCCGGUGCCCUGGCCAGUGCCCUGGCCAAAACCUAUCAGCUCGCCUACAUCAUUUAGAAAAGCCUUGCUGUUUGUGGGAGCUUUCUGUGCCCCAUUUGGCUGUUGUGUUCCCUGUAUUACAACUGUGCCUGCACUUCACAAAGUAUCUCAGUGACUGUAAAACUCCUUGGGGAGUCCCCUUGUUGAACAACAGUGCAAAUGUCAUGGGACAUCCCCUAGCCCCAACCCCACACACCCGGCCCCCCCUCUGCGCCAACCUCACACACCCGGCCCCCUCCUCUGCGCCAACCCCACACACCCGGCCCCCCCUCUGCGCCAACCUCACACACCCGGCCCCCUCCUCUGCGCCAACCCCACACACCCAGCCUCCCCUCUGCGCCAACCCCACACACCCAGCCUCCCCUCUGCCCAACCCCGAAUUUUCCUGAUUUUUAGCAAAAACAUGACCAAAAAAAAGCCCCAACAUACUUAUGUCUUCACAGUGUCAAAGCACCAAGCCGACCUUGUGGGUUAGUAUUGAAACCUGUAGCCAGUGAGAGGUGGCGGAGGAGUUGGAGGGAGGGAGGGAGUGAGGGAGUGCUGCACGGUGAAUCUCACCUCACUCGGUCGCAACCCCUGAUUCCUGAUGUUUAACUUUACCUGUAAACCAAAUAGUUUUUAAUUUGCGGGAUGAAGCUCUGCCCACAUGUUCCAAUGCAGGCAGUUCAGUGUUGCACAAUGUCUCUAAACUGUGUUGUAAAUUGCUUCAAAUCUCACCGAAAGUGCCUUUUACAGGAGUGAAUGUUGCCCUCGGACUAGGACGAGCUUUACUUCCUAUCGCUCGUGCCGUGAAUUGAGGUCACUGAUUAUAUCAGCCCCUUUUAUGGUCUGGAGAUUCGAGCUAACCUCUGGCGUAUGUUACCAGGAAUAAUCACUCUGUGUUAAAGUGAACGGGUGCGAGGAACACUCCGGAAUCCUACCAUUCUGGAGUUUCUGAUUUGCGACAGUUUGUGCGCCACCUUUUUAUUCCUCAUUUCGCACCCCCUCCCUUCCCCUCCCCACUUUAGGGGGUUAAUUUUCUGAAUUCCUCCUUCGCGAUGCUUCUCUGAUGGGGAAAUGAGAACAAGAUUGUGUUCCCCUUGUUUUGGUGGGGGUGGGGUUGGGGGUGAGAGAGAGGGUGCAGGGCAGACCUGGUUCAUACUGAAGGGAAUUAUGGAUGUGAAAAGCUCUCCUUACAAUGCCAACGGCCGCCUGAAGGUCCUUUUUUAGAAGCUGGUGUUCAUUGUAGUCAGGUUUUCCCUGUCCUUUCCUGCGCUGUGGCAAUUUGUUAUUGGAACUUACUCUCUCCUGUUUGCUCCUGAUCCUUUAACCCUUCUCUCCGUCUCCUCAGAGAUGUAUUUUUGUAUGUGCUUAGAGUUAUUUAGUUUUCUGGAUGUCACUUGUUGGUACAGGUUCUUGCACCUCUCCUUUGUACCCUUGUUAACAAAUAAAACUGAUUUUAACUGCUGAGGGUGUCGGGAAGUGAUUGGGCCUUUGUGUCAUGGGCUGACGAUUCCUGUCUGUCGUCUGGGGGGCUGCUGAGAGAGGAAGUCGCCGUGUUAUUUUCCCAUUUCCGUUUUAUUUAGUAGGCCGUUACGGUUCCGGGCAGCUCAUCGUGUCUGGGCAGGGAGGCCAUUCGACCGACGAUUGCAAUCCUAUCCCAACCACGCAGGCAGACUCACCAGCACGGGCUCGCUGGAGAGC